AUGAGUGACGAUGGCGACUCCGACAUCUGCGAUGGAUGCAUCGAGGCGAUCUGCUGCGCGUUUUUCGUGGAUUCCCUCGGCGGCAAGACACUCUUCCGCAUUGUCUGUGCUAUCGUGAUCUUCGCCGUCCUGGCCACCGGGUUCACGCUGCUCGUCAUCGCGUUCGUCACGCGCCCCGUCGGCGUCACCGUCGAGGACGCGGCCCUCGCCCGCCUCGCCCUCGCCAACAAGAACGCCACGGCCACGGCGCUCGCCUACGACUUCUCGCUCGCCGUCGCCGUGCGCAACCACAACUGGAUCAUGCGCACCCAGCACACGGCGCCGCUCCACGCGGAGCUGCUCUUCGCCGGCGCUCGCUUCGCCCGCGUCGGGCUGGCGGGCGCAGGGGGCCUUGUACAACCGGGGAACAAGGAAGUGUACCACGCCACGGCGGCGGCCGACAACGCGAGCGUCGCGCUGGGGAGCGCAGGGGUGGCCGAGUUCGUCAGGGAGAGCACGGCGGGGGUCUUUCAUUUGGAGCUCAGGGUUCUCGGGGAGGUCAGGUACCAGCCGCGCCACCACCUGCACAGGCUGCAUGCGAUCUGCCCGCUGGAGUUGGCUCUGUCGACGGCAACGUCGCCGGCGACGUUCAGAAAGGUCAAGUGCGCCGCUUUUUCAUAG